AGCUGCAGCUAAGACCACCUCAGAUCAACAGCAGGCUAAAUUACAUCUGAGUCAGCACUAAAGACUGCCUGAUCUAAGGCUACCGGGGCCGCAUUUUACGCCAUGCACAUAUUUGGAGUCAAAGGAAUGCUCAAGACAGUUGUCACUUCAUUCAUGUUGUGCAGCGAUCACCAAGCACAUGGAUGCAGGUUUACAGCCAACAGACAGAGACUUCAGCUGUGUUAUUUGUGUUUUAAAUACAACCAGCAGAGUUGGAUUUCUGCCGAAUUUGCCAUCGACGCAGCAAAGAAUCUGAUCUCAAACUUUUUAAGAAAUCCUCAUCUGGACAAACUGGAAUGCUUUCCGUGUUUUUCUGGUCAUGGCUUGACAGCAUGAACUGUGCAGACAGGAAUAUAUAAGAAACUGACUUCCUUCUAUUUGCAACAAAGGUGAUUCAGAAUGAUUCUCAACACAGCGUUGGUUGUUCUGACAGACCUGGCAGCCCAGGUACUUGGUAACAAGCUGUUCAGGCAGCAUUUCCACCUGCUGCUCUCAGCUGCUCUGGUCUUCGGCCCUGCUCUCAGCCUCUGGGUAUCUCACCACAGCAUCUUUGCCAAAAGAAGCCAUUUUCUUUACAGGUUGUUCCUGCGCUCUGGUUGGGGCUGGACAUGCGUCUUUGUUGGCUCCUUCAUCUUUCUCCUCUCCUACUCCAUCCGUCGUUCUCUUUUACUCUCCUUCCGUCACCUCAGCAGGCUUGCGGUGGCCGGAGGACUGUGGCUUUGUUUCUGCAAACUACUUGACCUUCUAGAGAACACUACAGGAAGCUGCUAUGAACCUUUACCUGCAGGUCCAGAGGUCACAGACGGGCAGCCUAUGCUUGUACUCAAAGAAGGAGAGAGCAAGUUUGAGUGCCUGAAAGCUGGGAUGGUUUGGAGAGGUUAUGAGGUUUCAGAGGAUGUCUUUCUUCUCUGUCUGUGCUGCCUGCUGCUAGCAGAGGAAACGGCUGUGUUUGGUCCUUAUCUAAGCCUCGGUGGCAUCUCGGAUGCUCCACUGAGGAUCCUCUUUUUGUUCUGUGUUCUCCUUCUUGGACUGUGGAUCUUUUUGCUGCUCUGUCUCUUGGCUUAUUUUCCUCAAUUCCCCACUCAGCUGCUUGGAGGUGCUCUAGGCUGUCUGAGCUGGAGGGGAUUGUAUCAGGGCUGGUAUCGCAUGGGGCCCAGCUGGUACUGCCCAGGAAGACCUGGGCAAGGACUGCUUAACAUCAAGACCAGAAACACUGAGGAAGAAGAUGCACUAAACCACAACCACUACAAUUAACUGAGCAAAACAUCAAAACUUUGAGCUUUAAAGUCAUUAAAUCUUCAAAAAGUGGUGGCCAAUAUUCACACCUUCCCUCCAUAUGUGUAAAGUUGCAUUAAAGAGUCUGCACAGCAAACUUAAAACAAAGUGAAGUUAUUUUAGCAGGAAUUUGGUAUUAAAACCAACAGAAGAUUGAUACAUGCUUUACUUCUUU